AUGGGGGUUGACUGGACGGGGUUCUGUAGUGAUGUCGAGGCGGAACUAUUAGAAGGAAUAAUUUCGGCGGGAGUUUCAGUGUUCGCCGCGCGAACUAGUCCGGAGGUCGCGGUCCGGCGGGGUUUGCAAGAGGAUAUGUGCUGGUCGUGGAAGGAGCUUGGGCAGUGUCGCUAUGGGUCCAAGUGCCAAUUUGCUCAUGGGAAGGAAGAAUUGCGCUCGGAUCCGCGGGGGCCUCGAUCUUGGAAACAUAAAAACGAGGUUGCAAGAAGUGUGAGCAGUACAAAAUCCUCACCAAGCUCAGGAUCAUCGAGCGCAUACGGCAGCAAAUACUACCGCUACAUCUCUCUUCCAUCGCCCAACACCCCUGAUCCUGAUCUCCCUACGAGGACCUCAUUGACAAAGCUCGCCGAGACCGCCGCUGCUUCAACCAUUAACCCAAAAUCCAAGCUCGAGACUGCGGCUCCAACACAGAAUCCAAGCUUGAGCCCACCGCUCCAAUCGCUAUCCCAAAGAAGAAGAGCUCAUUAUGCGCGUUCUCUAUGGGCCUAG